GUGUCAGUCACUCGGAUGCUUGAACGGUUCUCUUCUGCUCUCAGGCUUUUGUUCUUGUUUUAGUGAAAUCUUAAAAAAAAGGAAAACAAAACAACAAAGUUGAAGUCAUGAAUGUCAUUGAUCAUGUACGGGAAAUGGCGGCUGCCGGACUUCAUUCUAACGUCAGGAUCCUUAGCAGUUUAUUGCUAACAAUGAGCAACAACAGCCCGGAAUUAUUUACUCCCAUGCAGAAGUACCAGCUCUUGGUGUACCACGCCGAUGCCCUCUUCCAUGACAAGGAGUACCGUAAUGCGGCAUGCAAGUUCACUAUGGCCCUGCAGCAGAAGAAAGCCCUGAGCAAGACGUCUAAAGUGAGGCCGUCCAUGGGGAGCUCAGCCGCCUCUCAGCAGGCGCAGAGCAUACCUUCGGAAAUCGAAGUGAGGUAUAAAAUUGCAGAGUGUUACACCAUUUUGAAACUUGAUAAGGAUGCCAUUUCUAUACUGGAUGGAAUCCCAUCGAGGCAGAGAACUCCAAAGAUCAACAUGAUGUUGGGUAAUCUGUACAAAAAGGCGGGACAAGAGCGGUCAGCAGUUACCAGUUACAAAGAAGUGCUCCGGCAGUGUCCCCUUGCACUUGAUGCAGCUAUAGGAUUGUUGUCCUUGUCGGUGAAAGGUGCAGAGGUGGCUUCGAUGACGAUGGACGUGAUGCAGAGCAUACCCAAUCUGGACUGGCUCUCCGUCUGGAUCAAGGCACAUGCUUUCAUACAUUCGGGCGACAAUAUGAGGGCGAUUAAUACUAUCUGUUCCUUGGAGAAGAAAUCAUUGUUACGGGAUAAUGUCGACCUUCUCAUCAGCCUUGCAGAUUUGUAUUUCCGAGCUGGAGAUAACAAGAAUGCCAUUCUUAAGUUUGAGCAGGCACAGAUGCUGGACCCUUAUGUGAUAAAAGGAAUGGAUGUGUAUGGCUACCUGCUGGCUCGGGAGUGCCACUUAGACGACGUGGAAGUCCUCGGUGGCCGCUUGUUUAACAUCUCUGAUCAGCACGCGGAGCCCUGGGUCAUCUCUGGGUGCCACAGCUUCUACAGCAAACGAUAUUCUCGGGCUCUGUAUCUGGGAGCCAAAGCGAUCCAGCUGAACAGCAACAGCGUGCAGGCAUUGCUCCUGAAAGGAGCAGCUCUGAGGAAUAUGGGCCGUGUUCAGGAAGCCAUCAUUCAUUUCAGAGAAGCCAUGCGACUAGCCCCUUCACGUCUCGACUGUUUUGCAGGACUCAUUGACUGCUAUCUGGCCUCAAACAGCAUCCGUGAAGCGAUGGGAAUGGCCAACAACGUCUACAAGAACUUAGGAGCUAAUGCCCAAACUUUAACCAUACUUGCUACAGUGUGCCUAGAAGAUCCAAUGACCCAAGAGAAGGCCAAGACCCUGCUCGACAAAGCAUUAGCUCAGCGGCCAGACUAUAUCAAGGCUGUCGUCAAGAAGGCUGAAUUGCUCAAUCGAGAACAGAAAUACGAUGAGGGAAUCACUCUUCUACGAAAUGCACUGGCUAAUCAGAGUGACUGCGUUCUGCACCGCAUGCUUGGCGACUUCUUAGUGGCAGUCAGUGACUAUCAGGAGGCCAUGGACCAGUACAGCAUAGCACUGAGCUUGGACCCAAACGAUCAAAAAUCUCUAGAGGGGAUGCAGAAAAUGGAAAAGGAAGAGAGUCCCACAGAAGCAACGGCAGAGGAGGAUGUGGAUGACAUGGAAGGCAGUGGAGAAGAAGGAGAUCUGGAGGGGAGUGACAGCGAAGCGGCACAGUGGGCCGAUCAGGUGCAGUGGUUUGGAAUGCAGUGACAAAAGUGCGCAAGACGGAGACGAAGUAUGUGGAAGACGCAAACUUUUACCUGUUGACUGUUUUCAGGUGCUGUUAUUUAGUUCAGUGAACUCUUCAUUUCUUCUUACGUCAAUAAUUAAUAAGAACUAAAUGGCUUAUUUAUAAAACUGGAAAAUAUUGGCAUCUACGUCUGGGGUGCCAUCUUUUCCCUACGGGGCAUUGUACUCUUUGUCAUAAUGGAGAAGGCAAAGUAUAAAGCCAUGAUCGUUAGAGGAUGUUGACUGCAUGGUAACGUUGUAUUAUUCCAGUAUGUGCUGCAAGUCAUGGGGUGUCAAAGCAUUUGAAGACCUCUGUAGUUACAAUUAUUAGCACUUUAAACCAUUUUUUUUUUUGUAUUUGAUCAGUUUGUUUACCUGUAAUCUGUGAAUAUAACAUUGUCUUAAAGAACUGCUUUGUUAAAGCACAAGUUCGACACCUGCAUGGACGAAGAAUUCAGGUUAAAUGAGUCGAACGGGACGGUCCAACACUCCUGCUCCGUAAACACUGAGCGAUUUGCUGAGGAGCAAGUGGUCAAGUGCUUAAGACAUUACAUUUCUAGACCUUAAAAUUGUAUUUUUGUAUUUUCAUUGUGCUGUUUUUUCUGAAUAAUAAAGUUCAAUAUUUACAAGCUU